AUGCAUCGAACGCGUUCCCACGCGCCCCAAAUGCAACUAACCCAGGAUUUCAAGAAGAAGAAGAAGAGGCAAAGUAGCCCGGAGAGAAAGGCUGCAGAGGAUCCCAAGAAGAAGAAGAAGCAAAGAUACAACAGCCCGGAGAGAAAGGCUGCAGAGGAUCCCAAGAAGAAGAAGAAGAAACAAAGGCAAAGUGGCCCGGAGAGAAAGGCUGCAGAGGAUCCCAAGAAGAAGAAGAAGCAAAGACAAAGUAGCCCGGAGAGAAAGGUUGCAGAGGAUCCCAAGAAGAAGAAGCAAAGUAGCCCGGAGAGAAAGGCUGCAGAGGAUCCCAAGAAGAAGAAGAAGCAAAGGCAAAGUAGCCCGGAGAGAAAGACUGCAGAGAAUCCCAAGAAGAAGAAGCAAAGGCAAAGUAGCCCGGAGAGAAAGGUUGCAGAGGAUCCCAAGAAGAAGAUGCAAAGGCAAAAUAGUCCGGAGAGAAAGGCUGCAGAGGAUCCCAAGAAGAAGAAGCAAAGUAGCCCGGAGAGAAAGGCUGCAGAGGAUCCCAAGAAGAAGAAGAAGCAAAGGCAAAACAGCCCGGAGAGAAAGGCUGCAGAGGAUCCCAAGAAGAAGAAGAAGCAAAGGCAAAGUAGCCAGGAGAGAAAGACUUUAGAGGAUCCCAAGAAGAAGAAGGAAGCAAAGGAGAGAAAGGCUGCAGAGGAUCCCAAGAAGAAGAAGCAAAGGCAAAGUAGCCCGGAGAGAAAGGCUGCAGAGGAUCCCAAGAAGAAGAAGAAGCAAAGGCAAAGUAGUCUGGAGAGAAAGGCUGCAGAGGAUCCCAAGAAGAAGAAGAAGAAGCAAAGGCAAAGUAGCCCGGAGGGAAAGGCUGCAGAGGAUCCCAAGAAGAAGAAGAAGAAGCAAAGGCAAAAGAGCUCGCAGAGAAAGGCUGCAGAGGAUCCCAAGAAGAAGAAGAAGAAAGGCAAAGUAGCUGCAGAGGAUCCCAAGAAGAAGAAGAAGCAAAGGCAAAGUAGCCCGGAGAGAAAGGCUGCAGAGGAUCCCAAGAAGAAGAAGCAAAGGCAAAGUAGCCCGGAGAGAAAGGCUGCAAAGGAUCCCAAAAAGAAGAAGCAAAGGCAAAGUAGCCCGGAGAGAAAGGCUGCAGAAGAUCCCAAGAAGAAGAAGAAGCAAAGGCAAAAUAGCCCAGAGAGAAAGGCUGCAGAGGCCGUAGAGGAUCCCAAGAAGAAGAAGAAGCAAAGGCUAUAUAGCCCGGAGAGAAAGGUUGCAGAGGAUCCCAAGAAGAAGAAGAAGCAAAGGCAAAGUGGCCCGGAGAGAAAAGCUGUAGAGGAUCCCAAGAAGAAGCAGCAAAGGCAAAGUAGCCCGGAGAGAAAGACUGCAGAGGAACACAAGAAGAAGAAGCAAAGGCAAAAUAGCCCGGAGGGAAAGGCUGCAGAGGAUCCCAAGAAGAAGAAGAAGAAGCAAAGGCAAAAGAGCUCGCAGAGAAAGGCUGCAGAGGACCCCAAGAAGAAGAAGCAAAGGCAAAGUAGUCCGGAGAGAAAGGCUGCAGAGGAUCCCAAGAAGAAGAAGCAAAGGCAAAGUAGCCCGGAGAGAAAAGCUGCAGAGGAUCCCAAGAAGAAGAAGAAGAAGAAGCAAAGGCAAAGUAGCCCGGAGAGAAAGGCUGCAGAGGAUCCCAAGAAGAAGAAGAAGCAAAGGCAAAGUAGCCCGGAGAGAAAGGCUAUAAAGGACCCCAGGAAGAAGAAGCAAAGGCAAAGUAGUCCGGAGAGAAAGGCUAUAGAGGAUCCCAAGAAAAAGAAGAAGAAAAGGCAAAGAAGUCCGGAGAGAAAGCCUGUAGAGGAUCCCAAGAAGAAGAAGCAAAGGCAAAGUAGCCCGGAGAGAAAGGCUGCAGAAGAUCCCAAGAAGAAGAAGCAAAGGCAAAGUAGCGAGGAGAGAAAGGCUGCAGAGGAUUCCAAGAAGAAGAAGAAGCAAAGGCAAAAUAGCCCGGAGAGAAAGGCUGCAGAAGAUCGCAAGAAGAAGAAGAAGCAAAGGCAAAGUAGCCCGGAGAGAAAGGCUGCAGAGGAUCCCAAGAAGAAGAUGAAGCAAAGGCAAAGUAGCCCGGAGAGAAAGACUGCAGAGGAUCCCAAGAAGAAGAAGAAGCAAAGGCAAAGUAUUGGUAGCCCGGAGAGAAAGGCUGAAGAGGAUCCCAAGAAGAAUAAGAAGCAAAGGCAAAGGAGUCCGGAGAGAAAAGCUGCAGAGGAUCCCAAGAAGAAGAAGCAAAGGCAAAAUAGCCCGGAGAGAAAGGCUGCAGAAGAUCCCAAGAAGAAGAAGAAGCAAAACCAAAAAAUUGGUAGCCCGGAGAGAAAAGCUGCAUUGGAUCCCGAGAAGAAGAAGAAGCAAAGGCAAAGUAGCCCGGAGAGAAAGGCUGCAGAGGAUCCCAAGAAGAAGAAGCCAAGGCAAAGUAGCCCGGAGAGAAAGGCUGCAGAGGAUCCCAAGAAGAAGAAGCAAAGGCAAAGUAGCCCUGCAGAGGAUCCCAAGAAGAAGAAGCAAAGGCAAAGUAGCCCGGAGAGUAAGGCUAUAGAGGAUCCCAAGAAGAAGAAGAAGCAAAGGCAAAAUAGCCCGGAGAGAAAGGCUGCAGAGGUUGCAGAGGAUCCCAAGAAGAAGAAGCAAAGGCAAAGCAGCCCGGAGAGAAAGGCUGCAGAGGAUCCCAAGAAGAAGAAGAAGAAGCAAAGGCAAAGUAGCCCGGAGAGAAAGACUGCAGAGGAUCACAAGAAGAAGAAGCAAAGGCAAAGGCAAAGUAGCCCGGAGAGAAAGGCUGCAGAGGAUCCCAAGAAGAAGAAGAAUAAGCAAAGGCAAAGUAGAAAGGCUGCAGAGGAUCCCAAAAAGAAGAAGCAAAGGCAAAGUAGCCCGGAGAGAAAGGCUAUAAAGGACCCCAGGAAGAAGAAGCAAAGGCAAAGUAGUCCGGAGAGAAAGGCUAUAGAGGAUCCCAAGAAGAAGAAGAAGCAAAGGCAAAGAAGUCCGGAGAGAAAGCCUGUAGAGGAUCCCAAGAAGAAGAAGCAAAGGCAAAGUAGCCCGGAGAGAAAGCCUGCAGAAGAUCCCAAGAAGAAGAAGCAAAGGCAAAGUAGCGAGGAGAGAAAGGCUGCAGAGGAUUCCAAGAAGAAGAAGCCAAGGCAAAGUAGCCCGGAGAGAAAGGCUACAGAGGAUUUCAAGAAGAAGAAGAAAAGGCAAAGUAGCCCGGAGAGAAAGGCUGCAGAGGAUCCCAAGAAGAAGAAGAAGCAAAGGCAAAGUAGCCCGGAGAGAAAGGCUGCAAAGGAUCCCAAAAAGAAGAAGCAAAGGCAAAGUAGUCCGGAGAGAAAGGCUGCAGAAGAUCCCAAGAAGAAGAAGCAAAGGCAAAAUAGCCCAGAGAGAAAGGCUGCAGAGGCCGUAGAGGAUCCCAAGAAGAAGAAGAAGAAGCAAAGGCUAUAUAGCCCGGAGAGAAAGGUUGCAGAGGAUCCCAAGAAGAAGAAGAAGCAAAGGCAAAGUGGCCCGGAGAGAAAAGCUGUAGAGGAUCCCAAGAAGAAGCAGCAAAGGCAAAGUAGCCAGGAGAGAAAGACUGCAGAGGAUCACAAGAAGAAGAAGCAAAGGCAAAGUAGCCCGGAGAGAAAGACUGCAGAGGAUCCCAAGAAGAAGAAGAAGAAGCAAAGGCAAAAGAGCUCGCAGAGAAAGGCUGCAGAGGAUCCCAAGAAGAAGAAGAAGCAAAGCCAAAAAAGUCCGGAGAGAAAGGCUGCAGAGGAUCCCAAGAAGAAGAAGCAAAGGCAACGUAGCCCGGAGAGAAAGGCUGCAGAGGAUCCCAAGAAGGAGGAGAGCAAAGGCAAAGUAGAUCCCAAGAAGAAGAAGCAAAGGCAAAGUAGCCCGGAGAGAAAGGCUGCAGAAGAUCCCAAGAAGAAGAAGCAAAGGCAAAGUAGCGAGGAGAGAAAGGCUGCAGAGGCUGCAGAGGAUCCCAAGAAGAAGAAGAAGCAAAGGCAAAGUAGCCCGGAGAGAAAGACUGCAGAGGAUCCCAAGAAGAAGAAGAAGCAAAGGCAAAGUAUUGGUAGCCCGGAGAGAAAGGCUGCAGAGGAUCCCAAGAAGAAUAAGAAGCAAAGGCAAAGGAGUCCGGAGAGAAAAGCUGCAGAGGAUCCCAAGAAGAAGAAGCAAAGGCAAAAUAGCCCGGAGAGAAAGGAGAGAAAGGCUGCAGAGGCUGCAUUGGAUCCCGAGAAGAAGAAGAAGCAAAGGCAAAGUAGCCCGGAGAGAAAGGCUGCAGAGGCUGCAGAGGAUCCCAAGAAGAAGAAGAAGCCAAGGCAAAGUAGCCCGGAGAGAAAGGCUGCAGAGGAUCCCAAGAAGAAGAUGAAGCAAAGGCAAAGUAGCCCUGCAGAGGAUCCCAAGAAGAAGAAGAAGCAAAGGCAAAACAGCCCGGCUGCAGAGGAUCCCAAGAAGAAGAAGAGGCAAAGGCAAAGUAGUCCGGAGAGAAAGGCUGAAGAGCAUCCCAAGAAGAAGAAGAAGAAGAAGCAAAGGCAAAGCAGCUCGGAGAGAAAGGUUGCAGAGGAUUCCAAGAAGAAGAAGAAGACGAAGCAAAGGCAAAAGAGUCCGGAGAGAAAGGCUGCAGAGGACCCCAAGAAGAAGAAGAAGCAAAGGAUCAAGAAGAAGAAGAAGCAAAGGCAAACUAGCCCGGAAGAAACGCUGCGGAGGAAGAAGCAAAGGCAAAGUAGAAAGGUUGCAGAGGAUCCCAAGAAGAAGAAGAAGAAGCAAAGGCAAACUAGCCCGGAGAGAAACGCUGCGGAGGAUCCCAAGAAGAAGAAGAAGAAGCAAAGGCAAAGUAGAAAGGUUGCAGAGGAUCCCAAGAAGAAGAAGAAGCAAAGGCAAAGUAGCCCGGAGAGAAAGGCUACAGAAGAUCCCAAGAAGAAGAAGCAAAGGCAAAGUAGCGAGGAGAGAAAGGCUGCAGAGGAUUCCAAGAAGAAGAAGAAGCAAAGGCAAAAUAGCCCGGAGAGAAAGGCUGCAGAAGAUCGCAAGAAGAAGAAGAAGCAAAGGCAAAGUAGCCCGGAGAGAAAGGCUGCAGAGGAUCCCAAGAAGAAGAUGAAGCAAAGGCAAAGUAGCCCGGAGAGAAAGACUGCAGAGGAUCCCAAGAAGAAGAAGAAGCAAAGGCAAAGUAUUGGUAGCCCGGAGAGAAAGGCUGCAGAGGCUGCAGAGGAUCCCAAGAAGAAGAAGAAGCAAAGGCAAAGUAGCCCGGAGAGAAAGGCUGCAGAGGAUCCCAAGAAGAAGAAGCAAAGGCAAAGUAGCCCGGAGAGAAAGGCUGCAGAGGAUCCCAAAAAGAAGAAGCAAAGGCAAAGUAGCCCGGAGAGAAAAGCAGCAGAAGAUCCCAAGAAGAGGAAGAAGCAGAGGCAACGUAGCGAGGAGAGAAAGGCUGCAGAGGAUCCCAAGAAGAAGAACAAGCAAAGGCAAAGUAGCCCGGAGAGAAAGGCUGCAGAGGAUCCCAAGAAGAAGAAGAAGCAAAGGCUAUAUAGCCCGGAGAGAAAGGCUGCAGAAGAUCCCAAGAAGAAGAAGAAGAAGAAGCAAAGGCAAAGUAGCCCAGAGAGAAAGGCUGCAGAGGAUCCCAAGAAGAAGAAGAAGAAGCAAAGGCAAAGUAGUCCGGAGAGAAAGACUACAGAGGAUCUCAAGAAGAAGAAGAAGAGGCAAAGUAGCACGGAGAGAAAGGCUGCAGAGGAUCCCAAGAAGAAGAAGCAAAGGCAAAGACGGAGAAAGGCCAUGCAGCGGAUCCAAGAAGAAGAAGAAGAAGAAGAAGCAAAGGCUAUAAAGGAUCCCAAGAAGAAGAAGAAGAAGCAAAGGCAAUCUAGCCCGGAGAGAAAGGCUGCAGAGGAUCCCAAGAAGAAGAAGAAGCAAAGGCAAAAUAGCCCGGAGAGAAAGGCUGCAGAGGAUCCCAAGAAGAAGAAGAAGCAAAGGCAAAGUAGCACAGAGAGAAAGGCUGCAGAGGAUCCCAAGAAGAAGCAGCAAAGGCAAAAGAAAACGGAGAGAAAGGCUGCAGAGGACCCCGAGAAGAAGAAGAAGCAAAGACAAAAUAGCCCGGAGAGAAAGGCUGCGGAGGAUCACAAGAAGAAGAAGAAGCAAAGGCAAAGUAACACGGAGAGAAAGGCUGCAGAGGAUCCCAAGAAGAAGAAGAAGCAAAGGCAAAAUAGGCCGGAGAGAAAGGCUGCAGAGGAUCCCAAGAAGAAGCAGAAGAAGCAAAGCCAAAGUAGCCCGGAGAGAAAGGCUGUAGAGGAUCCCAAGAAGAAGAAGCAAAGGCUAUAUAGCCCGGAGAGAAAGGCUGCAGAAGAUCCCAAGAAGAAGAAGCAAAGGCAAAGUAGCCAGGAGAUAAAGCCUGUAGAGGCUGUAGAGGAUCCCAAGAAGAAGAAGCAAAGGCAAAAUAGUCCGGAGAGAAAGGCUGCAGAGGAUCCCAAGAAGAAGAAGAAGCAAAGGCAAACUAGUGGUAGCCCGGAGAGAAAGGCUGCAUUGGAUCCCAAGAAGAAGCAGCAAAGACAAAAGAGGCCGGAGAGAAAGGCUGCAGAGGACCCCAAGAAGAAGAAGAAGCAAAGACAAAAUAGCCCGGAGAGAAAGGUUGCAGAAGAUCCCAAGAAGAAGAAGAAGCAAAGGCAAAGUAACACGGAGAGAAAGGCUGCAGAGGAUCCCAAGAAGAAGAAGCAAAGGCAAAACAGCCCGGAGAGAAAGGCUGCAGAAGAUCCCAAGAAGAAGAAGCAAAAAAAGCAAAAUAGACCGGAGAGAAAGGCUGCAGAGGAUCCCAAGAAGAAGAAGCAAAGGCAAAGUAGCCCGGAGAGAAAGGCUGCAGAGCAUCGCACGAAGAAGAAGCAAAGGCAAAGUAGCCCGGAGAGAAAAACUGCAGCAGAUCCCAAGAAAAAGAAGAAGAAGAAGCAAAGGCAAAGUAGCCCGGAGAGAAAGGCUGCAGAGGAUCCCAAGAAGAAGCAGAAGAAAAAGAAGAAGAAGAAGCAAAGGCAAAGUAGUCCGGAGAGAAAGGCUGCAGAGGAUCCCAAGAAGAAGAAGAAGCAAAGGCAAAGUAGCCCAGAGAGAAAGGCUGCAGAGGAUCCCAAGACGAAGAAGAAGCAAAGGCAAAGUAACACGGAGAGAAAGGCUGCAGAGGAUCCCAAGAAGAAGAAGAAGCAAAGGCAAAGUAGCCCGGAGAGAAAGGCUACAGAGGACCCCAAGAAGAAGACGAAGAAGAAGCAAAGGCAAAAUAGCCCGGAGAGAAAGGCUGCAGAGGAUCCCAAGAAAAAGAAGAAGCAAAGGCAAAAUAGCCCGGAGAGAAAGGCUGCAGAGGAUCCCAAGAAGAAGAAGAAGCAAAGGCAAAGUAGCCCGGAGAGAAAGGUUGCAGAGGAUCCCAAGAAGAAGAAGAAGCAAAGGCAACGUAGCCCGGAGAGAAAGGCUGCAGAGGAUUCCAAGAAGAAGAAGAAGAAGCAAAGGCAAAGUAGCCCGGAGAGAAAGGCUGCAGAGGAUCUCAAGAAGACGAAGAAGCAAAGGCAAAAAAGACCGGAGAGAAACGCUGCAGAGGAUCCCAAGAAGAAGAAGAAGCAAAGGCAAAGUAGCCCGGAGAGAAACGCUGCAGAGGAUCCCAAGAAGAAGAAGAAGCAAAAGCAAA